GUAACUUAAGGGCUAUCAACCCAGAAAAUGGUUUUUUUGGUGUCGCUCCUGGAACCUCUGUGAAGACAAACCCCAAUGCCAUCAAGACCAUCCAGAAGAACACCAUCUUCACCAAUGUGGCCGAGACCAGUGACGGGGGCGUGUACUGGGAGGGCAUCGAUGAGCGUCUGGCUCCAGGCAUCACCAUAACUUCCUGGAAGAACAGGGAGUGGAGCCCAGAAGAUGGGGAACCUUGUGCCCACCCCAACUCGCGGUUCUGCACUCCUGCCAGCCAGUGUCCCAUCAUCGAUGCUGCCUGGGAGUCUCCGGAAGGUGUCCCGAUCGAGGGCAUUAUCUUCGGAGGCCGCAGACCUACUGGUGAGGCUCUCCUCCAUUCAGGCUGGGAACAUGGCUAUGUUGGCUACCAAAGCACAUUC